AUGGCCCAACCUAAGCUGGGCAUCCAGACAAGACAGAUGAAGGAGGCAUUCUUUGAGACCAGGGUGCGACAGGACAUCCAGGUUAGAAAAGGAGAGGUGAGGAAGGAGAAGGACUUUGCUAGAGGCCAACCUAAGCUCUCUACCAAAACAUCAGCCAGGAAGCAUAGGAACACAGGCCAGGUGGUGAUUCAAUGUCGUGUGAACAACAGACUGGUCUCGUUGAGGCAGCUGACUCAAAGCUUGAAGCGCCUGUCCACAGGAGAUGAACUGUUGCCCAGGGUGAUCCGUUCUCCCUCGGGGUGUGCAGUGGCCGAGCCAGAGGGCGAGGAGGAUGAGUGUCCCAGUCUGAGCUUCACGGCCCCCAGCGCCCUGCUGAAGCCUCCCUACGCUCACCCCCUCAGAAUCUUUGAUGUGAUCCGAGGCGUGAUGACCUGGAAGAAGUUCCCAUCGGCUGCCCUGGCCUCUCUGUCCAACAGUCCCACACUCACCAGUAGCUGGGCCCCGCGCAUGUCUGACCCCUUCAACAGUGACAUUCUGCCCACCAUGGCGCCCACAGCUCUGAAUGGCCUUCCAGAAGAUAUGACAGAGGAGCUACUGGAUGGACCGUCUGAAAGCACGGGAGUAUCUCUCACACCCGAGAUGAUCCGAGCAGAGUUUCCCCUGCCAGAGAAUGUACCUUCCACUCCCAGACAGCUGAAAGACGACAGCUUUAAAGAUGACAGCAGUUCCCCGAGUCCCUGUAAAACUCCCCAGAUGAUGCCUGUCAGUACAGUAAACACCUCCAGGGAGUCAAGAGAGCAGCAGCUGGAGAUGUUUCUGAAGUCUCAGACCAAUAGACUUGGUGCCAAGGUGACGGCGCGACUCAACCACCUGAAUAUUGUGGGCAAGGCUAAUUCACCCUCUACACCAGAUAAUAAAUAGUGCUAUAUUUGUUACGAGGCACUAAGGUUGAUGCAGGAAAUAUCAGAUUACAGUACCAACAUACAUUGACUGAUAUAUUUCCUAUAAUAUAUUUUACUGUAAAAUACAUCAUUACUGUAGCUGCUAUGUGCUAUUGUACAGUUGCCACACCACUGAUGCUGUGCCCAUUGUCUUGCAUUUACGCUGGCCAAUUCAGCCAAGGACAUUUUCAUUUAAAACAGUCUUUAUGUACUUUAAAGUUCGGCUUCUUGUUUUAUAUAAUUAAUGACAGGCCUUUCUGGCAAAUAAAAAAAUAGAUAAAGGAAUGAUUCCAAAUUUACACCUGUAUGUCACAGAUCCACAGUUAAAGCAAUCUCUAUUGCACUCCACACUGCUCUUUCACACCUGGACAAAAGGAACACCUACGUGAGAAUGCUGUUCAUUGACUACAGCUCAGUGUUCAACACCAUAGUGUCCUCCAAGCUCAUCACUAAGAUGAGGACCCUGGGACUAAACACCUCCCUCUGCAACUGGACCCUGGACAUUCUGACACAUCCGCCGUGCUGAACCUCAACACAGGGGCGCCAGCUUAGUCUCCUCUACUCCCUGUUCACCCAUGUCUGCGUGCCCACGUUCGACUCAAACACCAUCAUUAAGUUAGCCGAUGACACGGCGGACCGUG